AUGGCGACUAUUCGAACGUUCUCCCUGUCUCUCACUUGGCAUUCGGUAAUCUCCCGAAGGACAAUGGCGACAUCUUCCACGAACCCGCAACCGCUCAAAGGCAUCACAGUAGUCAGUCUUGAACAAGCCGUGGCUGCGCCAUUCUGUACUCGACAACUGGCAGAUCAGGGAGCAAGAGUGAUAAAAGUUGAGCGUGCCGGCGUAGGCGACUUCGCCCGCGGUUAUGAUACUCGAGUGAACGGGCUUGCGUCACAUUUCGUCUGGAUUAACCGAUCGAAAGAGUCCCUAGCUCUAGACCUGAAGAACCCCAAAGACCACGAUGUCCUGUUGCGCCUACUCAGCCGGGCAGAUGUCCUGGUGCAAAACCUAGCCCCGGGUGCAAGUGCCCGCCUGGGUCUAUCGCAUGAAGCACUCAAAGGGAAACACCCGUCGCUUAUCAGCGAGGCAGGCUUGGUGUCGGUGACCGGUAGUAAGGAGGAACCGGCCAAAGUCGGCAUAUCGAUCGCUGACAUCUCGGCUGGCAUGUAUGCAUACACCAACAUUUUAACUGCCCUAAUGCAGCGCGCCAAGGAUGGCAUAGGCCGGAAAAUUGACAUCUCGAUGCUAGAAUCAAUGGUGGAAUGGAUGGGAUUCCCCUUAUAUUACACAUAUGACAAAGCACCGCCUCCAGCGCGCGCCGGCGCAUCACACGCUGCAAUUUAUCCUUACGGACUCUUCGAGACCGGUGAUGGACGACAGGUGAUGUUAGGCAUGCAGAACGAGCGCGAAUGGAAGAUUUUCUGCGAGAAGGUGCUGCACAAAACGGAACUUGUAACGGAUUUCAGGUUCGUGAGUAAUACGCUGCGCACACAAAAUCGGAACGACCUAAAGAAUAUCAUCUGCGAAUCAUUCUCCACCGUCGGUGCUGAGGAGGUCAUUGCAUUGCUGGAAGAGGCGCAGAUUGCUAAUGCUAAAGUCAAUACGAUGCAUUAUGUAUGGGAGCACCCGCAAUUGAAGGCGCGCGAGAGAUGGACUCAGAUCCAGACCCCGGCCGGUGAUGUGCCUGCUUUGUUACCACCUGGGUUUUCGGCUGAGCAGGAUGCGAGUUGGCUGAGGCCGGUUCCUCGCGUUGGUGAACAUAACGAUUCUAUUCUUAAAGAAUUGGGAGUCACAGAGACGAUUCAAAAAAGAAGAUUAGAUUAG